GGGGCUUGACACUGGUGUGGAAAAGAUGGCUGCUUCGGCGGCAACGGCGAGUUCUCCCCCCGGUUUGUGUCCAAAUUACGCCGUGGUUUGCUCGUUCCUGGAGCGAUACGGAGCCCUGUUGGACUUGCCGGAGCUCACCUUCCCUCAGCUGGAAAGAUACCUGCAGGACACAUCCUCAGUUCCAAAGCUGCUGGUUGAUCUCCACGUCAAGUUGCUGAGGAAGAUUGGGAAGUCGGUUUCUGCAGACAGAUGGGAGAAAUACCUCGUCAAGAUAUGCCAGGAGUUCAACACAACCUGGGCGUGGGAACUGGAGCAGAACGGAUACAAGGAGCUGUCCAUGGAGUGCAAGACGGACAUCCUGAAGUAUUUAUGCGAGAUCCAGUUUGACGAGAACGUGAAGUUCAAAACCGCCAUCAACGAUGAAGACCCGGACAAAAUGCGGCUGCAGCCGAUUGGCCGAGACAAGGACGGGCAGAUGUACUGGUUCCAGCUGGACCAGGACGACAACGUGCGGGUUUACGUGGAGGAGCAGGACGACCUGGACGGCGCGUCGUGGAAAUGCAUCGUCAGAACCAGAAAUGACCUGGCUGAAGUUGUCGCUCUCCUAAAGACACAAAUCGACCCCGAGCUGCUGAAGAGAGACCUGGAACUGAAAAGUAAAACAGAGGGGGAGACGGACAAAGACAAAGGCGGCACAAAAGGGACUGACGAUACGUCGGAUGAAGACCUGAAAGACAAAAAUGAAGGGACAGAAAACUCGGAGGUGAAACCAGAAGCCAAACUGUCACUAAAUGGCGUCAUCGAAGCUAAACUGGAGCCAGAAGUUGUUUCAGAAACCAUCAGCGCGAAGGCUCCAAGCAUCAAAGAGGAGCCGAUGGAGGUGGCGGACUCCAAACUGCUUCCGACCGACCCGACGCCGCCCUGCGCCGCCGUAAAGGGAGAGGAGGUGAAGAAGAGCGGCUCGGAGGAGAUCCAGCAAACCCUAAAAAAUGACCAGCAGGCCAAAAUCCCACUGAAGAAACGGGGAAUGAAGUUCAGCGAGGACUUUGGGGAGAAAAAUGGCACCAUCACGGCACAAAAUCCGUCUGUUCCUGAGUCAAAUCCGGAGCAGAAAGUCCAGAGAAUAAAUGAUCAGGUGAACGGCGAAGUUCUGCCUCCAGUGGACGGAGAACCCGAGAAACAGAGGAGUAAAGACAAACCCACGGAAAACCUUCCUGCUGGCGGCAAUAAAUCACUCCGGGACGACUCGACAAGAACGGAAGAGAAGAAAACAAAAAACAGAGAAACAAACAAACCUCCCCAAGAAUCAACGCUGGCGUGUGAAGACGGGGACAAAUCAUCCAAUCAGGAAGAGGAGGAGAAAAUGGAUGUAUCCAAACCAGCAGAGGUCAAAGUGAGAGAAACAGAUGAAGCAAAUCCUGAUCUUACAUCUGCAGAGUCGGAGGGAAAGUCAUCCUGCGUGGAAACGGAUGCAUCCGAGUCGAAAAAAGAGUUGAGUGGUGGCGAGUCGGAUUCAUCUGAAGCGAAAGGCAUGAAGGAAAGCAUCAAAACUAUAGAUGUGGAUCUUGCAGAGAAAGUUUCUGCAGAGAAAGAUCUGGCAAAAGAUCUUGUAGAGAAAGAUCAGAUGAUAAAAGAUCCUCUAGAGAAAGAUCAGACGAUAAAAGAUCCUGUAGAGAAAGAUCAGACGAUAAAAGAUUCUGUAGAGAAAUAUCAGACGAAAAAAGAUCCUGUAGAGAAAGAUCAGACGAAAAAAGAUCCUGUAGAGAAAGAUCAGACGAAAAAAGAUCCUGUAGAGAAAGAUCAGACGAUAAAAGAUCCUGUAGAGAAAGAUCAGACGAUAAAAGAUCCUGUAGAGAAAGAUCAGACGAUUAAAGAUCCUGUAGAGAAAGAUCAGACGAUUAAAGAUCCUGUAGAGAAAGAUCAGACGAUUAAAGAUCCUGUAGAGAAAGAUCAGACGAUUAAAGAUUCUGUAGAGAAAGAUCAGACGAUAAAAGAUCUGUCAGAAAAAGUUCUGGUGACGAAAGUUUCUGCAGAGGAGGAUCCAACAGAGAAAGACUCUGCAACGAAAGAUUCAAUGGAAAAAGAUCCUGUGGCAAAAGAUCCAACAAUAAAGGAGCUAACGACAAAGGAUCCGCCAAAGAAAGAUACAGUGACAAAUGAUCCUGUAGAGAAACAUCAGACAAAAAACUUCUCUGCAGAGAAAGAUCCUGUGGCGAACAAUCCGUUGAUAAAAGAUUCAAUGGCAAAACAUCCUGCAGAGAAAGUUUCUGCAGAAAAAGAUGCUGUAGAGGAAGAUUUGACAAAAGUUUCUGCAGAGAAAGAUCCUACAAAGAAAGAUUUGACGACAAAAGAUUCUGUAGAAACAGAUCAGACAAAAAUUGUCUCUGCAGAAAAAGAUUCUGUUGAGAAAGAUCUGGUGACAAAAGUUCCAGUGGAGAAAGAUCCUGCAGAGAAGGAUUCGACAAAAAAUGUUGUGUCAAAAGAUCCAACGAUAAAAGAUUUAACGGCAAAAAAUCCUGUAGAGAUGGAGUCUGCAAAGAAGGAUCAGACGACAAAAACUUCUGCAGAAAAGGGCCCUGUGGCGAAAGAUUUGACAAAAGAUCCAACAAUAAAAGAUCAUGCAGAGAGAGAUUCAACAAAAAAAGAUUCUGUAGAAACGGAGUCUGCAACGAAGGAUGUGCUGAAAAAAGUUUCUGCGGAGAAAGAGCCUGCAGAGAAGGAUCCUGUGGCUAAAGAUGCAAUGAAAACAGAUUCUGUAGAGAAAGAUCUGUCGGAGAAGGAUUCAACAAUAGAAGAUCCUACGGUAAAGGAUCCUUCAGAUAAAGAUCCUGCGCAGAAAUCUGCUGAACCUAAAACUACAAUAAUUCAGUGUGCGGAUGCAAAAACAGACAAACCAAUAAUCACUGACAUAUCAGGAGAGAGAACAGAAGCACCUCAUGUAAACAGGGACAAAUCAGAGUCAUGUGCAACCAGCAGGAAGAGCGACGACGUCGAAGAGGUGAGUUCAGAAAAUCAGCAGGAUGUAAAGAAAGAUUCAAACUGCAAAGAUGGUACGAUAUGCGACUCCAGGCCAACAAGAGAAGAAUCGGGUGAUGAAAACAAUCGGACGAAGAUGCAAACCGACGAGAAAAACUCCGAACAGAAACCCUGCAAACGGACAGAUAAACCAUCCAGUCCUGCCGAGAAGAAAAAAUCCCCCAGAGAAACAGAAUCUAAACGGAAAGAGGAGAAAGUGUCGUUGGCAGCCAAAGACCCACCAUCAGAAAAUAAGAAAGAAAUUUCACCUGACAAAGGAAAAGAAGAGGACUCCCAAAAAAGUGAAAUAACGGAUGAAGAAGCUCAGAAGCAAAACAAAACUGAGUCGAGUCCAACAAAUUCAAGCAAAGAAUCCGAGUCGUCAAAAGAAACGGAGGAAAAACAAACCAAAGGAGCAGCCGGCGACGCGCCUGCAGACUGCGGCAGGAAACCAGAACAGGUGCGGAACGGCGACGGAGGCUCUCCGCCACAAGGGGGCGCACGCCGACGAAACAAGCCACCGGCGCUCAGGAGGAGAGCCGAGCUGCAGAGGGAGGAUCGCCACGGCGACUCGGAGUCGGACACGAACACGGGGCGGUGUCUGAGGCGGUCGCCGAGGAUCUCCAGGCCAACGCAGAAGGCUGUGGAGGUUCAGGAGAAGAAGAUGGAGAAACCCCCGCCCACUCCUCUUCCUCAGGACCGUGACGAAGACCAAGACAAGAAAGAAGAAGAGGAAAAAGCGGAUGUGAAGACUGUUCAAAAGAAACCCAAAGAGAAAAAGGCUGAUCAGGAGGGCCAGCCAAAACCCAAAGGGAGAAAAAGACGGAGAACUCGGUGGUCCAACACUCGAACGCGCAGGAAAAGGAAAAACUCCGACGAGGAGGACGAGAACAGCGAGGAGUCAUCGAGCGAGGAGGAGGAGAGCGAGGAGGAGGACGACAGCGACGAAGACUACAAGGUCGAGCGAAACCGAAAGAGGAGGAACCGGAACCGGGAGAGGCGGAGCUCGGACUCUUCCACGUCUUCCGACGACGAUCUACCUCCAAACGACGACCCCUGCAAACACUGUGGUCUUCCAAAUCAUCCUGAGCUGAUCUUGCUGUGCGACUCGUGUGACAGCGGCUACCACACCGCCUGCCUGCGGCCGCCUCUCAUGGUCAUCCCGGACGGAGAAUGGUUCUGCCCGCCCUGUCAGCACAAGCAGCUCUGCGACAAACUGGAGGAGCAGCUGCAGAACCUCGACGCCUCAUUGAAGAAGAAGGAGCGGGCCGAGAGGAGGAAGGAACGGCUGAUUUAUGUGGGGAUCAGCGUUGAGAACAUCAUCACGCCUUCUGUGGAGGUGGAGCAAGAAAAACCUGAGAUCGUCAUCAAGGAGAAGAAAGAAGCAAAGCGGAGUAAGAGCUGGGGCCGCAGAUCGACGAGGGCCAAGAAAACCAUCAGCUACAGAUUUGAUGAAUUUGAUGAAGCAAUCGAGGAGGCCAUUGAGGAAGACAUCAAAGAAGCAGAAGGCGGAGGAGCCGGUCGGGGUAAGGACAUGGCCAACAUCACGGGCCACAGAGGCAAGGACAUCUCCACCAUCCUGCAGGCGGAGGAAGGGAAGGAGAACGGCCGACCGCCGCGACCCAACGCCGCCCAGCGCAGGAAGAAGCGCCGGCGACUCAACGACCUGGACAGCGACAGCACCGUGGACGAAGAGGAGAGCGAGGAAGAGUUUCGCCUCAGCGAAAGUUCGGAGGAAGAGUUUGUCGUGUCCGACAACGAGACGGAGGCGGAAACGGAGGCGGAGUCGAACGGCAGCGACCGCGGCGGGCGGCGCCACACGUCGUCGUGGAGCAGGAGGCCGCAGAAACGCAGGCAGAGCUCCAGGAAGAGGAGGAGACCCAAGUGGUACUCAGACGAUGAAGAGGAGGAGACGGAUGACGAAGUGGAGGAGGACGACAUUGAGACGGAACGGUCGAGUGACUACAGCGACAGCGACCUGGACAUGAGUCGGCGGCGGUCCCGGCGGAGCCACAAGAAGGAGGUGAACUACUGCGAGACGUCGGGGUCCGAAGGCUCUCAGGGCGGAACCAACCGGGCCAAGAUGAAACCCAGGCGGUGCCAGGACAGCUCCGACAGCGACGCGAGUUUCUCCAGAGACUCUGAAGACGAGUCGAAGGACCUGAAGGUGAAGCGAAGAGUCGAUUCCUCAGAAGAAGACUCCCGGCGCAGGCGGCUGGCGCUGAAACGCAGGCGAGCGUCUCGAGACUCGGACUCGGACUCUGACUCAGACGACUCUUCAGAGGAGGAUCGGCCCAUACGAAAGCGGGUGAACCGCAUCGACUCGGAUGACGACGACGAUGAGGAGGAGCAACAGCAGGAGGAAAAGCCGAAGGAGACGAAGGUGGAGGAGGAAGAGAAGGAAGAUUCAAAGGGAACAAACUCGUUGGACCGCCGCCCGGCGGAGAAGCAGCCUGCAAACGGACAGAGCGAGACGAAGAACUUGGACGGCGUCGCCGCUCCACACCUGGAGACGCCUAAAACUGUGAGUUCCACACCGGCCGCCGCCCCGAACGGACUGGCAGGACAGGAAAUGGCGGCGCAGGACGAGGACGAGGACGACCUGUUAGGAGUCACAGACUUGGUGGACUACGUCUGCAAUAAUGAACAAUUGUAAAAAGACAACAGAAAUGGUGUACCGUUUAUUAUUUUUAUUAUUUUUUUGUGGUAUUGUAUUUUUAUAUUGCUUAACUUUAUUAUUCCCUCCCCCUUCCACCAGUUGUUGUCGUUUUUAUUUCGACAUGGAGCUUCUUUCUCGACGCCAACACAUCAUCAGAUCCUCCACUGCCAAACCUGUCGUCGGUUUUCCUCCCAGCUGGUUUUCUCUUUUUGUAGAUUUUUUUAUCUGUUGAAGCACUAACAUACAUUUACAAAAUCUGGCACUGAAACGGUUUGUUUUUUGAACAGUUGGUUACUGUUGGAUUGCUUGUCUGACUUAAAGUAUCAUUCCUUACUAAAGUUGCACCGAUUGCAGCUUUCCGGCUGAUUGACGAUCUUUGGGGGGGGAUUUGUAAAUUAAAAUGUGUUCAAAAUAUCUAAAAGGAAGAAAUUUUAUUCAAAUAAAUAAACCCAGUUGAAAUUUUUUAGCGCCCAAAAAUAAAUGUUUUUUUGUACAGUGGAGUUUUGAUUUCUUGGCUUUGUCCUGUUUUUAGCUUCUCUGUAAAUGACAUAUUGAAUAAGCUAACCCUUAAAACAGCUGGAUGAUUCCGGCCAGCAUCUGGAAAUCUGUUCUUCUUUCCCACCAUCCGUUUUCCAUCCGCCUCGUGUUCAAGGUGCGAAUGCAUCCGAGUGACCAACCUGUUUUUUGUUUUUUUUUUCACCCCUCCCUCCUUUUUGAACUUUUGUAUUUGAGUGAUAGUGUAGAUUUUUGUAUAUUGUAUACAUUGUGUAAUUAUUUGAAUUCUGUGUAUUGCCAUCAGCACCAGUGGUGAGCUCUCCGUUAUUGAGAAUUGUUUUGAGGAAAUGAAAGUUAAACUAUUGUCCCUCCUAAUCCUCAGAUCUCGCAGUGUCUUCAUAUUUCAUUUAUUUUUUUUAUUUUAUUUUUUUUUGUAUAUCUAAACCAUUAUUUGAGUAAAAAUGUAAAGUGUCUUAUUUUUAUGUACAUUGUCCCUCAUUGCAUGUUUAAAAUCAUGCAGCUCCAUCGUAACAUUGUUUUCCUCGCUCUUCUUCCCCAGAUCUUCCAGCACUUCUUUUGUUUUCAUAAUCUUGAACCCGAGUCGGGUUUUCUGGAUUUUAUCCCCAAAGGUUCAAAAUUAUGAGAAGUCUGUGUAAUAAGCAGCUUGGAAGUAAAACUGAGACGUUUUUCACAGGAGGAAUGGACGCAAAAAAUUCAAACCAAUGACUAUACUGACCUCUGCUGGAACCAGUCUGUGUGUAUAUGUGUAGUUUUUGCUGUAAUAUAUUUAGAGGCAUUUUGUAAUCAUGGAAAAGGAAAUAUAUUGGGCAAUUCUAUGGGAUUGCAUGGGUUUCUAUUAGGUUUUUUUUGUAGGGAAGUAACAUUGGCACAACAGGUUUUAUAGCAAAAUCAAAAAAAUCUGGGCAUGUUUUACAGAUGUGUGUCUCCUGACCUGUUUUGUUGGUGCUGAGGACGUUGUGUCAUAGGCAGGCGCUGACCAAGUGAAGGGAUGGGAUGACCUGAUUUGAGAGAGAAUAUUGUAAAAAAAAAAAAAUUGUAAAGUUUUCUGGAGCGCCGUCUCCAGAGGAUAAGUUGCUCUAUUGACCGGAAACACGACUUCCAAGAAGAAACAAAACUCUACGAGCUGCUUACAGUGAACACAAAUGUUACCACAUCCAGUCUUCAGCUGGACAGAAUUUAACGAACCCAAAUAUAAAAGUUAUAAUAAUAAAAUGUGUUCUGGUGGGCUGAGCUGAGAAAUGUGUUGAUGCGUGUUGCAUAGAAACAAAAUGAGAGCGCUCAGUGAAAAAGACCAGUGCCAACGACUGAAGUGUUAACUGUUUCCUUUUUACCUCAUGAUGAAGCUGGAAAGAAAGAAACUGUCCACUGUGCAUAGUUCCUAGUAGACGGAUUGUGUUUUGUCUGCUAUAUACUUUUGUUUGUUUACUGCUAUUUCUUAUGGAUCGGCUCUUGUACAUUUCUUAUAAUAAACUGGGUUUUAAGCCAUA